UCAAAAGAAGAUUAGGAGUUCGUGGAGGCGGUAUGUGUGAGUCCCAACUAAAAAAUAAUAAUAAUAAUUAAUUUUCUAUUUCUUCUCAUAUAUUUAGUACCAAACAUGCUCCACAUAUUCACAAAAAAAAAAAAAAAAAAAAAUGCCCCAUAUAGAGAUAGAGACUCGGGAAAAGUACUCGACUUUAUUGUUUCCACUUUCCCACUAACAUCAAUCAUCUUUUGCUACUUUUUCUUUAUGAACUGUAUGCUUUAAUCCCCAUUUUUUAAUCAUUCAUAGUUCCACCUCUUUUCUUACUAAUAAGCAUUAACAACCCACAAAUUAAUAUUCAGAUAUUUGAGGCUGUGUUCGUGUUUUGCUCAGUUCAGCAAUGGCAGAUGAAGCUUCACAAAGUCUAAGUCUGAAUAUCCUGGUGGAUGAAGAGACGAAUCGAGUUGUUUUUGCCGAGUCCAAUAAUGAUUUCGUUGAUGUUCUCUUCAGCCUCAUGACUAUGCCUAUUGGAACCAUUAUUAGACUCUCACGUGAACAAGCAUCAAAAUGGGAGAUUGGUUGCCUGAACAACUUAUAUGAAAGUAUUGAGAAUUUUGACGAUAAACAUCUCCAAACUGUGGAGUGCAAGGACAUGCUGCUUCAUCCUCGGAGUGCUGCUGAAAUUUACUGCAGAAACCUUAAACUAAAUUCUGUUCAUAGUACUACUAAUGAGUACUAUGCAUGUGGAUAUGAGACAACACAAUGCACUUUGUUUCUUUACCGAACUGCUCAUUGCCGUUGUGGAAGGCCCAUAAAAUAUAUGGUGAAACUGAAUCGUAAAUCUGUUCCUCCAGUUGGAGGGGUUUUUGUGAAACCCACUUCACGCGUCAUGAUAACUGAUGACUUUCAAUUACUGCCCGUGUCCACUAUGACUUGCUUAACCUUGCUUAAAGAGCUUGGAGCUGUGGAUGGAAGCACAAUAAAAGAGAGGUGUAUAAACAUAGGCAAGGAUGAGGUUCUGAAGUUGUUCAAGGCUUCAUUAACAUCUACGGCACCUUUUUCUGAGACUUUCUUGGAAUCACAAGACAAAAAAACCAGUUUUGCAAUCCAUCAUGGAGAAUUGAGUCCAAGAAGCACAAUUGAAUCUCAAAGGACCAUGGACACAACAAGAUCAAAAGCAGUAAAGAUAGCUUUCAAGCUUAUUAUCAACAAAUGUAACAACAGGGCAUUGUAUGUUGAAGCUAGGGAAGAUUUUGUUAAUCUUAUCAACGGUUUUCUCACCUUUCCACUUGGUUAUGUAUUUAAAGAAUUUCCAUGUUUGUCACUGAGGGGAUGCUUGGCUAACUUAUACAAGAGCAUCUUGGCACUUGAUGUUGACGAAUUCUUGAAAUCUGAGGAGAUGAAGGCAACUUUAGUCAAUCCAAAGCUGCCCCAUGGACUAGCUUACAAUAAGCUGCUCAUCCCCAUUGAGGAAGCUUUAUAUCCGUCGUUGUCAACUGUUUCUUCCCUGUUUGGAGUAAGUUAUUUUAAUUUAACGGAAGCUACAACUGGCGAGAGAUUCAUGAAAGGACCGUCAAAGUACAUGGUGACAGACAAUUUGACCAUAACACCUUUAUCUCCACUGUCAAUCUUAUCUCUUAUUAACAAAUUGAAUAUUCCCUUCAGUGACAUUGUAGAACAAGAAGUAACUAUUGGUGAGAAGGAGGCUUUGCGUCUACUAGAGGCUGCUUUGGUAUCAAGAUCUGCUCUGACUGAUGCUUUCAUACUAAAGGAGCCAAAACAAGAACCACAAGAAUCUGAAAAACUAAGCUCCGGCACCAGAUCGGUAGCGGUAGAGCUUGCCGGAGAUGUGGAGGGCGGUGACGAAGCCAAUGAAGCAGAGGCUCAUGUCGAGGACGACGAUGGGCGAGAUCUUGAGUCUAGUGCCAUGCCGACGGGACUGGACCCGUUGUUCGAUGAGGAUGAUGAUUGGGAUUGAGAUGAGCCUAUCACCAUUGUUGCAGUGCGAAGAAUUCGAGAAGCGAAGAGGAAGAAUGAGAUGUUUUUUUUUUUUUUAAAUUUAUAAAUAAUGCUACAGUACAGAAAGUAAUUUCUAUGAACAAUUUAGAAAAUAGAGAAAGUGAGGAUUUCUCACUUUCUAUUCCCUUCACACAAUUAGAAAGUACUUUCUUGAAACAAAAAAAGUCAAAGUAUUUUAUUAAACAUGAUUUUUAUUUUUAAUUCUCAAUUUUAAGAAUUGACAGUAAAAAUCAAGAAUCAUUCCUGUUAGUAAACAGGCCUUAAGAGGAAUGCUGUUAUAAAUUGGCAUGGUUUCUCAGUUUCCGUUGUUCCAUCAUGUGGGGUGCUGAGUUGGAUAUUCAUUUUCCAAAUGUUUUUAUUUUUAUUAUUUAUUUUUUUAUUGUAAAGAAGGUUUCGUAAUUUGAAUGUCUGGUUGAAGGUUAUGAUAUAUCAUUUUUUCUUGCUUUGAUUAAAUUUGAAAAACCCCAUUUCAUUAACAGAAAUCAUUUUAUUAUAUAAGACAAUUAUAUUUAAAUAAACUUAAUCUUGAGCUUGCUGGCAGUUUAUUUUCUCUCGGUUAUUUUCAGUUGAGAAGUAUUUUAAAAAAAAUUUAUUACCGGGGUCAUAAGAUUUUGUUAGAAGAUAUUUGAUUUUAUCUGGGUGUCUCAAAAGCCCUAUAUUUAGUGAUUUUCUUGGGAGAGUAUGAAAUGUCUAGAUUAUAUAGUUCAAAAUAAGAGACCGCAUCAAUCAAUUUUCGUUAUUUGGUUGGGUAGGUAAUCACCGUAAUCUUACAACAGAUAAAACUUCACAUUCAUUUUUUUUUUUUUUUUUGUGAGUUCUCAUUGUCUUUUCUUACGUUCAAAUCAAGGGGGUUACUUUUGCUUUAUGUUAGUUUUUGGAAUUCCGAAGCUUCCCAGCAUGACACUGAACUUGUUCUGAAUUUAUUUCUGUUUGUUAAUUAAAAUGUUGUCAUUCCAUCUACAAUACACUUUUCGUGCUAGUAGCUUCUGAGCUUUGAUCUAAUUUUGUUUUCUUCUUAAACUUGAGGAUUUAUGUUACACUUUGGACUCGUGAGCUGUGAAUUAAGCUACCAACUUGUGACACAAGUCACAUAACUUUCUCUGGGCUUAUAUCUGUUUAAUGAUUAGUAUGUUGUUGUCGCACCUGUAUGUUUUGGUCUAAUUUUGUGU